GCCGUUUUGAUUGUUACAAAUCACAUUGUGAACUUUGAAACCCGUUUUCGGGUUGUAAAAGUGUUUUUCCACUUUGCAGGGCAGGGCAUGGGAGCACUCCGUGAUUUCCACAAGCUCACGAGUAAUAGAUUGAAAUAGAAGCAACAUUAACCAAUUGGGCUGCCUUGACAGGAUGUUAAGGUCUUGUCGAGUCAUAUCAAGGAUACAAUACUGUGGUCAACCAUCAACAAGCUGCUGUGAUACAGAUGGAAAGCUCAGGACGAACUCCGCCACUUAGCAGUCAAAAGUUCCCUGUUCAAUAUGGAUAUAACAACCUUGCAAAGAGAAUUUCAUUUGCUCUGGCUGUUGAGUUGUUGGAUAUAAGCACCCAAAAUGACAAUUUUAACAUUAGCAAGGCUGAAUUGAGCUGUCAGCCACAAACAUUAGUUAUUCUGUUUGGCUUUUAUGGUGCACCAUUAAAAGUCAUUAAGAACUACAGCAAUAUGUAUCAUUCAUAUGGGUAUGACGUUUUAUACGUUAAAAGCAGUUUGAAGCAUUUUUCUUGGCCAAAGAAUUCUAAAGUUCUGGUAAAGUCGUUACUGCAGUACAUCAAGAGCAAUUGUCAGUCAUAUGGUGACAUUGUAGUACAUGCCUUUUCAAUGGGAGCCUACAAUUUCACUGUGCUUAUGGGUGAGAUGUAUGAUCAACCUACAGCUUAUGGGGACAUUCAGAGCAGGAUAAGAGCUGUUGUGUAUGAUAGCUUGACUGUAGGAACACUAAAAGAUAUGGCUGUUGGAGUUGGAAUGGGGGCAUCUGAAAACUUUAUUGUCAGAAAAACAAUUCCAGCUUUGAUGAACUUGUACUUCUGGUUGACUCACUCACACACUGUCACCUUCUAUGACUAUUACAUCAGUUUGUUCAAGCAGAAGCCCCUGAAUGUGCCAACCCUGGUGUUUUCAUGCAAGAACGAUCCUAUAUCAGACUACCAAGUGGUUGAGAAGAUGGUGGAUAGUUGGGGACGCACAUUCAAUUUUCCAAUCACCCAUCGGUGCUGGGAGACAUCAAGACACGCGGCCCAUUACCAGGUGCACAAGGAGGAGUACACACAGUAUGUUGACAGGUUCCUAUUCACGGUUCCUGGUUUGACACAUCACAUGAAGGUGAAGUCCAAAAUUUAAUGAUUAUUAUCUACAUGUACACAUGUAGUUGGCCCAAAUCUGUGUUGAUGUAUUAUUUAUUAUGAAAUGAAACUUGAGUUAAGGGUAGCACUUCAUGAACUCACUGAUUCAGUAUAUAUAUACAUUUUUUUUAAAUACAGUUGCUUUACCUCCAAAACAUCUGGAUGAAAAAGUAUCAUUUUAUCAAAGGUUGACUAUCACAUAUAUAUUAUAUAUAUAACAUAUAUUUUUUUAUUUAAAUAGGCUAUUUAUUUUGUCAGUCUUACAACAUGUAUUUGAAAUAAUUAUACAGCAUACAAGAAACAAAAGCAGUCUCAACUAUUUGUGCCUGCUGACUGUUGAAAGCAAUGAAACCGUUACACCAAUCUAGAAAUCCUAAAACUAGAGUGUAAUGCUUUAUUCAGUGCCUAGGACCACAAUAUGUAAUAUUAUGCCUACAUAAAAAGGUUUUUCUACAUGUCUUUAAAACUUGUCUAAGGACUGUUUGAGGAUAAUGUAUUAAAUUUAUAAUCAUUGCAAUAACUGUUAUUUUGAAAUUUUUGUUCUUAAGAUGUGAUUUUUUAAAGAAAUUUACAAGGUGAUUAUAAAUGUUGAUUAAAUUUAUUUUAUUUAAAUCGCUACUAAUGAUAUUGUUCUUUUUAUUAUUAAGUAAUUAUAUAAUUAUAUGCAAAGGAAGUUAACCCAAUAGUUUCAGCGUGGGAAAGGGGUGGUAAAUGGGUAAUUGCAUGAACUGUAAGUUAUUAUAUGUUUCAUUGGAAUGUAUGCGCAAGUCAAAUGUAAUCACGGACCCCCCCCCACCACAGUCCAGGGGUAUAGCGGGGAUAGCUGGGGAAAUAGGCUUUGUUUUUACUGUCCUGGUGGCCCUUCAGUGCCGGGUGAAUGUGGUGAUUUUGUCUUCGCGACAGAUAUAGCCGGGAAAGGGCCUUACCUAGGGUCACUGGGGUGCGGGGGCAUUCGGCGGGGAUUUUACCAUCAGUUUGUAACUGCAGGAUGGGGAUUUUACCCGGGAUUGGCUGGACCGAAAGUCAAAGUCCCAACUUUCCCAGGACCUGGGGGGGAGGGGGCCGUGGUUACAAUUGACUGGUGCAUUAGUACAUUUGUAAAUUGUUUGUUCUUGUUUUCCUGUGGAACAAUUUAAUUACUAAAUAGGCUUGUAAUAAUGAUUAUUGAUUUUAAAAGUUGAUGUCAAGUAUGUCAAGUGUGGUAUUUAAACAGCAUGAUGAUAUUUGGUGCUAAUCAGUAUACUUUCUUGUUGCAAUGCCCUUUUUGUUGACAUUUUAAGCCAGGUAUAAUAUCAUAUUCAAACUUAAAACUAAAAAGAGCCUAAGUGGUGAAGUCGUCAUGUCUUUCAGGGAUAAUCACAAUAAUACUGUGUCCCUUCUUCCAGAUUGGUUUUAAUUAAGCAGGCACACACAACCAAGUCAACACUUGAGGUUUCACUGUUUGCAGAUACUGAUGUUUUUUGUUAUCACAAACUGUAAUGGCAAUGUCCCCUGCGAGAUAUUCCAGAAAAAGUCAAGUUCUUGAACUAGUUCAUGAACAACAAAUGGCCUGAAGAACUAAGUUUUAGAACUUCUAGUUCUGGAACCAUUCUAGAACUAGUUCUUGAACAUUUGACAAAUGUUCAAGAACUCUAGUUCUAGAACAACAAAUGGCCAGUUCUAGAACAGUUCUUGAAAUAGUAGGUCUUGAGGCCAUUUGUUGUUCAAGAACUAGUUCUUGAACAUUUGUCCACAAGCACUUCAAGUUCUAGAACUGUUCUGGAACUGUUCAUUUAGUUCUUGAAGAACUCCCAAGUUCUAAAACAGUUCCAGAACAACAAAUUGCCUGAAUUACCCCAGUAAAAAUGUCAGUGAAAUACCAGCGGUAUGCUGGUGGUAUACCAAUGGUAUUUCAGUGGUAUACCAGCAGUAAACUUUUAGUGGAAUACAACUAGAAUCUGUGACAUUAAUUAGAAACAAUAUCCAUAUUACAUGUUACAACAUAUUUACUUCCAGGCUUAAUCAACAGCAUUACAGAACAAAAUCUUAAAGAACAAAAACAUUUGAAAUUAAAAAAAAACUAAGUAAUGCAAUUGAACACAUAUUAAUUUAUAAAACUAAUUUAUUAAAUUUUAAUAAUGGUUUAAGAAGUUAUAAUGAAACAAGACUAAUCAUUAGAAAAUAUGACAGUUCUAUGGUUUUGUCAGUAAGUCGUCCAUUUAUAACACUUCCACUUUUUAUAACACAACACUGUUGUGAGUAUAUACACAUUGCAAAAUUAUUACAUCAUUGUAGAUGAUGAUGGUUCUUCUUUAGGGUUGAUGUGUAAGUUUGUUAUUUAUUUAAUCACAGCAACUUGCAAGAAAAUUUUUAGCAUCUAGUUCUAAAGUGUAAACAAGUCCUUCACUAUACAGGAACGGUUUUUACUUCUGCAUUAGUUAAGAUAGAGUAACUCUUAUUUUUGAAUGAACAGUUUCCAAAAUUGCAUCUGUAUCAAUGUUGAUGCCCACAGCAACUAACAUGGAGUUGGUAGAUGAUUUUAUUCUAUACUGUGCACAGUGCAGUAAUAUGUAUCGCCCAUGUACUCCUUUUCUUUCUCAAAUGGCAGUUGUCUUCCUCUAUUUUAAGUCCGUUUUCCCUGAAAAAUAUAUGACAUUGAAUUUAGAUUUUAAUAAUAAGAAGCAAGUUAAAAAUAAAGUCUUCUUUCCUUAAAUAAGGCCAAUUGUAAAUUAUUUGAACUCAAGAUUAUAGAAUUGAUGAGAUUUUAAGUUGUUCACAUUGUUUUACUUUGCAGUUGAAACAAAAUUCACUAGUAUUAAUUGUAGGUACAGGGCGAUUUACAUAAGCCUCAAAGUAAAAGUAAACUAUUUGCAAUCUACUGUCAAGUCAUAUGACAGUUAACAGGCAUUGUUCUCGUAGUAGAAUGGCUAUGUUUGAGAGAAAUGGGUCCUCCCAGAAAACAACAUAAAUGUACGACUUUGUAUUUACAGCUACACUCAUUUCUGUCAAAUAUAUAUUUGGUUCCAUUGAAAUCCACUAUGACGCUUUCAUGACAAGAAAAAACUUCAUAAAUUUUAAAAUUAUCUUAACUCAAAUCCUUACCAAUAACUCUAGUGUCAUAAUUAAGUGAACACCUACAGAAAUUGUACAGGACAUGUUUGUGGGUUGGGGGUCUGUACGGUGUCCAAGUGAUCAGGGGUCAGGCAUACCAGAAAUGGGGAAAAUUAACAUCCUCACUUGAACGGUCUGGUUGUGUAUUACUUGUCUCCAUUGAGUCUGAAAUGGACAAUUAUUUCAGUGAAUAUCAUAAAUAAUUAUGAGUAACACAUGGUACUUUACCCAAUCACCCAAGAACAUUAAAAGAAUGCAGUCACAAAUCAUAAAGUCUAAACUGUCAUAUAUUUUCGCGACUUCUUUAAAUUGUCUCUUUUCCGAUCAAAUGAAAGUAUUACACAAGUAAAACCAUUUCAAAGCGAUGAAACGAAAUUGCAAUAAGUGCUAAUGAUUUUUUUGUAAAAAAAAAAAUAAAUAUUAAAUUAUAAGAAUUAAAAUUAAUUAAAAGAAAAUUCAAACUGACGAUUGACAUUCUCUUUCCAGAAAUUACAGUUACUUGAUGUCAUUGAAUAAUUUUGUACAUUAAGUAAGGAGUCAAAACCAAUUUAGUUCAACAAUAGUCUACAAGUGAUAGGUAAAAACUCACCAGUUUGCCAUCGUGGUCAAAUAAACGACACAAAAAAUGAAAGCUUCAUCCAUUAUCGUCUGCAGAAGUGUACUUCCGGUUCAAUUCAAAAUGGCGGCUUAUUGUUGUUAUUCGGUUGUUUGUACACAUUUUGUCAGUGAUUAAGACAACUAAUGAACUUUGAAUUGCUCUAGAGGAUAGAAAUCACAUAGAUUAAUGAUCUUACCAGCUAUCAGUUAAUGUGUUACAUUUUCAAGCUGUCUAAUAGUGGAGAUUAAAAACUACUGUUUGGUACAUUGACGUCAUGGCAAAUCAAAGACUCCAGACAUUUGCUUAAACAAAACGUAAGUCCAUUGUGAAGUUUAAAAGUCAUAUAAACGACUAUGAAUGCCUACCCAGCAAACAAAAGACGUUGUACCGACGUUGUAUAGACGUUGGACCCCGAUGUUGGAUUAACGUUGGAUUUUGGUUGGAUUUGUUUUUAAGACGUCUUUUUUCCGACGUCGUAUAGACGUCGGGGUCCGACCAUUUUCCUACCUAAAUCCAACCCUUUUCCGACGUGAAUCCAAACCUUUUCCAACUGAAUCCAACCUUUCAACCUAAAUCCAACCCUUUUCCAGCGUGAAUCCAACCUUUUCCCAACCAAAAUCCAACCCUUUUCCAAUGUGAAUCCAACCUAAAUCCAACCAUUUAAUAAUUAAAUUCUUAUUUUGGAAUUUUACUGCAACUUGAAUCGGAGAACAUCCAGUUUUUAUGCAAGAUGAAUUAUGCAACCUGGUAGACAAUGACUCGUAAAAUAAAACAACAACAAGCUACGAAAUCAAUUUUAUUAUGCUUGCAUGGUAUUCGUUAUUUAAUAACACACAUGAUAAAACUUAUACAAUUUUUUAACAUAUCGUUUUGCAGACAUUACAACAAUAUUGCAUACAGUAAAUUCUCUCUAAACCAGACACUCUGGAUAUAUGAAUAUUGUCAUGUGCUAUAGCUCCAUGUGGACAGAAAACGUCUGUAUGUGUGCAAGCCUGCAAUAAUGCAGAUAUCACCUGCACUUACAGAAAAUAGACAUUGUUUGUUAAAAGUGUAGGGUUGGAGAGGUUUUGCAUAAAAAGAUAAACAAUGGAUGUCAGUAUGUAGAUGAUCAUCUUUUCCAACAAUUAUUUGACAAAUGUUUCAU